UAUCUGUUGCGACAUCAAAAUAUCACUUUUAACGGUUGGGAGUCGUCAAACAGCGGAACCUACCCGACCUUUACUUGAAAUUAACUCUUUUUAAUACCUGUAAUACACGUUAAAUAGAAAUUAUCUAACUGCUAUUUGAUAUUUGACGCGCGACGGGGGAAUGGAGAAAGCUAAACAAGAUGCAUUCGACAAUGCCAGGCUCCAAGUGAUCAAAGAUGGCUAUGAAAGAGCUUUUGAGUGCAUCAACCAAGGACUGUCAGCAGAUGAAGCUGGGGAAAAGUUGCAGGCUCUGGAGUUCUACAGAAAAGGUCGACAGCAUCUCCUCAGGGGGAUCAGUGUGCCUUCUCAGGGAGCAGAGUGUGUUGGUAAUUCCUGGGAAGCGGCCAGACAGAUGCAGCAGAAGAUGCAGGAGACCCUGAACAACAUCACCACACGCCUUGCUGUGCUGGAGACCAGCUCUGACCUCACAUCUGCACCCACACAGAGUCCUGCCGCUGUCCAUGUGCCUCUCUACCCACAGCUGAACACCGAUGGAAAGCAAACCCCACCAGCCACAGGAGCAGUAGGAGGCAUUGCUGCAAGCAACAGCCCAGCCGACCAGCCUCCAGCUUACUCCCCUCAGGCUGCUAAUGGUCAUGUCUCCAUUUCUUAUGGGACGGAGUCAGGGGAGAUGUCGCUGGUCGGGGAUGACUUUUACAGUCGUACUUCUACCUCCACAUCUUCCACCCAGAGUAUGGGUGAAGACGGGGAGGAGCUGCUCUACAUCCCUAAUGGUGUUCAGAUAUUCUUUGUCACACCUGAUGGGCAAGUAAGCGCUCCAUCCUACCCUGGUUACCUGCGUCUGGUGAAGUUUACCGGUGACCUCUCUGAUAGGAUGCCCAAUAGGCCGCCAGCGUUUCUGCAGGUGUGUGACUGGCUCUAUCCUCUCAUGUCUGUGGACUCUCCGGCGCUGCUAUGUAACACCGGGGUUUUCAUGUUUCCGGACAUGAUGGCUCCAACUCCGGGUUACUACGUCGGGGUGGUGUUGUCCUCUGAGCUCCCUGCAGCAGACAGAGACUUGUUUAAAGACCUGUUAUCCCAGAUGACAGAUCUUAGGGUUCAGGACCCAGAGGAAGCUGCAGAUGCAGUUAAUCUCAGCCAGAAGGUUCCCAUUUCUGCACCCGAAGAGACAGCGCCUGCCGCUGAUCAGACGGCACCAGCAGAGAGCGAGGAGGAGAAAACUUUGCCUGAAUGGAGUGAAAAAGUGGCAAGUGGGAUCUUAACUGGUGCAUCCUGGUUAAGCUGGGGGUUGGUCAAAGGUGCUGAGUACACUGGUAAGGCUAUUCAAAAAGGAGCGUCUAAGCUCAGGGAACACAUCACUCCAGAAGACAAACCCACUGACGUCAGCCCCACUGUAACCAAAAGCCUCCAUGUGGCCAAGCAAGCGACAGGAGGAGCCGUUAAAGUCAGCCAAUUUCUAGUGGAUGGUGUGUGUACCGUAGCUGGGCACGUGGGUCGAGAGUUGGCUCCUCAUGUGAAAAAACACGGGAGCAAGCUGAUUCCCGAGUCCAUGAAGAAAGACAAAGAUGGCCGCUCAAACAUCGAUGGAGCGAUGGUGGUGGCUGCCAGUGGAGUGCAAGGAUUUGCGGCUGUGUGGCAUGGUCUGGAAUCUGCUGCUAAGGACAUCACCACAAAUGUUGCAGCAGAAACAGUCACCACCAUUAAACACAAAUAUAGAGGUCAACAAAAGAACUUUGACACACCUAAUGAGAAGGAUCAUUCUUCCUAACUAUACACAGCUGCCUUGUUUCAAAACGAAUUACUGAGAAAUUUUGCUUUUUUCUCCUCCCAAUGAUUUUGGGUUUUGCAAAAUCCACUCAGUCCUUUUCUGAAUCACUUCACUUUCCUCCCUUUACCUUAUAAUAAUUGGCUUCAAAAAGUUGCUUUCCUGAUAUCAGCCCAACUCUGUCCUCUUUUAAACUUUGAAUUGGAGUUGAAUGAUCGUACGCUUAGAAAUUAAGAUAAUCUGACAUUUUUUUGGGGGGUUGUAAAGUUUGAGUACAAAAUUUUAUU